UUUGCAAGAGAAAAAAUAAUUGAAGUUUUGCGGAUGACAUUAGAAGAACAAGAAGAGACUCAACAUGAACAAGCCCAAGCGCUAGAAGCUCAAUUAGAAGAGAAUGAAAGAUUAGUUUCAGAACUGGAGACAUGGAAACAGAGAUACAGAGUACUGCAGAACCAGAGCAAUAUUGACCGUCAGCAAAAGGAUAGGGAAAGGGAAAAGGCAAACAUGAAUGAAAACAAUACAGAAUUAAUAAAGCUGCAGAAAGAGCUGAAGGUAACUUAACUUUAAAGUUGUAACUUCAACUUAGGAGACUACUUCUAUCAUGAUAAAGUAAUCUGUUAUAUUGAUGAAGAAACUUCCUGUAAAACCUGCAGUGCAGUGUGCAGUA